CCUUGUUAAUCUAUCUUUUUUUUUUUUUGCUGUAGAACAUGGAAAAAGUGAACACUUUUGUUAAUUCGUUCCCUCAGCGUUUCGAACGUGAAAGGACGGCCAUCCUCAGUAUCGCUGCUGCCACUGCUCUUUUAUAUGCAACAUACAAGAUUGUCGACAAAUCCAGCAAAAAGAAAUCAGGACUUAAAGACAUUCCUUCACCUAGCAUUUCAUACCCGUACGUGGGCCAUAUGUUUUCCUUGGGAAAGUCGCCCUGUAAAAAAAUUACUCAAUGGCAUAAAGAAGUGGGUCAUAUUUUCAAAUUGGAUAUGGGAAUACAGACUUGGAUCUUGAUUGACGAUCCAUUGCUAGCUCAUAAAAUCUUUGUCACCCAUGGUGUUGCUUCAUCCGACCGUCCUCAUUCUACUUUUGCUUAUGAGUACUAUAGUUUCAAAGGAAAAGGUGUCGCAUUUGCUCCAGCUUCUAAAAAUUGGAAAAUUGCUCGAGGAGCAGUUCAAACCAUUAUCGCACCCAAAGUAGUAGAUACUCAUUAUCUGGGACCUAUAAAGACAGAAGCCAUAGCCCUGGCGGAUCGAUUGAUAGCAUACUCCAAAAUCAAAAACGGUGUCGAUCCAAUCGAAUACUUGCAUUUAAACUCGAUGAACCUUAUUUUUAAAGCGGCAUUUGGUAAAGUUUUCUCAUCUGUAGAAGACCCAGAUUUUAUUUCUAUUUCUGCAUUGAUCAUGAAAACCAUUGCUUUCACUGGCAUAGAACGUGAUUUGCCCAACUUUUUGCCCAUUUUCGCUGUUGUGGAUUAUUGUACUGGGGCACGUACCUCAAUGAAAAAUUUUAUUGAGAACGAACGUGACCCCGCUUACAAAAGAUUGAUCAACGAAGCGCUUGGAAGCGAAGGGACAAAUUUUGUGAAGGCACUCCAAAAUUUUGACUUUAACGACGAGGAUAAAAUUGCCAUCAUAUCGGAUUUGAUUAAUGGUGGGUCCGAUACGGUUUCCGUAACACUGAACUGGGUUUUUGCUAUCAUGUGUAACUACCCUCUUGUUCAAAAGAAGACAGCCGAUGAAAUAGACUCCUUUAUCCAACAACACAAGCGUCAUCCCGAAUUUGCUGACAGAGAUGAACUUCCGUAUUGUGUGGCCAUGCUUAAAGAAUGCCUGAGAUUUAGGCCCGCUACCCCUUUUGGUAUACCUCAUUGCGCAAGAAAUGACAUUGUGGUAGAUGGAUAUUUAAUUCCAAAAGGUGCUACACUUAUCACCAGUAUGGAGAGUAUGCAUCAAAAUCCCGAGGUCUAUGCUGAACCUUUACGUUUUUAUCCCGAGCGAUUUCUAAAUAAUCUCAAAACAAUGGAUGCCGCUGCCAAGGGUAAAUUGGAAGAACGAGACCAUUUCAACUUUGGAUGGGGAAGACGUUUGUGUGCGGCCGUUUAUAUGGCAGAAGUCGAACUUUUUAUGGCCUUUGUUCAAGUCAUUACAAGGUGUACUAUUGAGCCUGUCAGAGAUAUUGACGGUAAAGAACAUUUUCCAGACAUAGAGAACUCGAUUAUUAAAGGUUUGAUUCUUUCACCUGUUCCACACAAACUUAACUUCAUUGAACGUAAACAAUCUCUUGAACAAUAAGAAGGUUUGUAAUACUGCAUAUACUUCUUUCAAGGAUACUGAUUCUAUAGAUCAGUAAUUGAUUAUUAAACUAGGUGAUGCAACAACUGUAUAUUCAAACUUCUUUAUUUCUUGUGUGGAUCCAACACCGCCAUCAUAGUUAAUGCCAAUUAUAAUGACAUUGGCAUCCCAUGUUACUUUAAUAAAAUUGACCAUUACAGCAGCA